GAUUUGAGGCAAGCACCGAAUUAAAUUAAAAAAAAAAAAAAAUUAAAAAGAAAAGAAAAGAAAGCGCACAGAUCAAUUGGAAUAAAAAAAAAACCCCCAUACACCUAUCCGAUUGGAGAAAGGCCAAAUAGUCAUGAACAAUAACCUUACCCCGUCUUCACCAGCGAUGAUGACCAACAUGACUCUACAACAAACACCUUUACUGCAGCAAGCCAUGAUGCAACAGCAGCAGCAACAACAGCAGCAACAACAGUCGCCACAGGUACAACAAUUAUUGGAAAACAAUCACCCUAAUAACGUGAAUGAAGUGAACUGGCGAGAUGAAGUAACUGUGGCUGAUAGAGGUCGAUUUGUGAGUCAACUCUCCAUGGCCUUGAAACAUUUAUCUCCAAACACAAAUGACAAUGAAACGUAUAAUAUUGCAAGUAGCUUUGAAAACGGUUUAUAUCAACGAUGUCAAAGCAAAAAAGAGUCUCUUAAUUUCGUAAAGACUCACACCUAUUUUACCUAUUCCCUUUUUUUUUUUUCUUCUUUUAUUCCUAUUCCUUCUAGAAUCAAUACAUCUUGGCUUACGCUAAAAAGUUUCAGCAAAUCAAGGAAGAGGUCUCUCAGAUGAAUAACGGUCAUAACAAUGCAAGUCAUUUGAAUCGUGGUGUCACAGUCAUGAGCAGUAAUGCUUUGAACGACUUUAAUUUACCUAAUGGUGCAAAUGCUGUAGCUAAUUUUCAAGCACCUUUAAAUUUCAACCAAGCCCAGAAUGUGAAUAAUCAUCCAAUGCGUCUUCCACAGCAACAACAAGCUGUACCGUUUCCCCAGCAACAACCACAACAGCAGCAACAGCAGCAGCAGCAGCAAAAUGGUAUGGUGCAUAUGAAUCAAUUGACUCAUCCGUUUUCACAGCAGCAGCAACAGCAGCAACUGAAAGGUACUUCCCAGUUAUCUCCUGCUCA